AGUGACUGGCUGCGAGAGUAUGAGGAGGGGAUUCGACACUACAGCAAGGAGGCCCUCAAUAAGGAGUUUCCAGAAAAGACUCGGCCUGUUAACUUCAAACACCCUGAGUUCCAGUGCCCUGACAUGAGGCCUUCCCACUCGGUCCCCUAUUCAGUUGAAUUUGUGAAAGCAGCUGACAUUAAAGUCAUCGCUGCUUUGGGGGAUUCUCUAACAACAGCCAUAGGGGCAAAUGCCACCACUGUUCUUGGCAUACCUAUUGAGUUUCGACAUGUGUCAUGGAGUAUCGGGGGCUAUGGGACAUUUCAAGAUGUCAUAACUUUGGCAAAUAUCAUCAAGUUAUUCAACCCAAAUGUGCUCGGUGCUGCCCCUGGAAAGACUAUUCAUGGGAUGCAGGCCCAUAUUACUGAAACGGGCUUCAAUCUGGCCGUGACUGGACACAACACCUUCAACCUUCCCGGCCAGACCAGACACUUGAUUGACACACUGAGAGCUUACGAGGGUCUGAACUUCGAGGAGGACUGGAAACUCCUGACCAUUCUCAUGGGCAUGAAUGACAUCUGUGAUUACUGCAAAGAUAAGGCUCUUUUUUCAGUGGAUAAUUUCAUUCACUAUAUGACUGUUUCCCUGGAAAUGCUUAUGAAUGAGGUCCCCCGAAUGAUCGUAAAUGUGGUUCAGAUUCUACCCAUGCACACUCUAAGAGAGGUUCGGAAGCCCACCCCGGGGUGUCUCCUCCAGAGAUCUUUCUGCUCAUGCCUGAUAGAGCCCGUGGCUAAAUCUCCUGAACUGCAGGAGCUGGUGGAGGUCAAUCUGGAGUUUCAGAGAAGACUUGAGGAGCUGCUAUACAGUGAUCGUUUCUUCAAGAGAGAUUUUGCUGUUGUUCUCCAGCCCUUUCUGAAACACGCAGACCCCCCUCGCCUCCCGCAGAACGGGAAAAUUGAUAUGACCUUUUUCACUCACGACUGCUUCCACUUCACCAUAAAGGGUCACGAGGAGCUGGCCAAGGGACUGUGGAACAAUAUGUUUCAGCCUGAGGGGGGAAAGCUGAUUGUGAACAGUUUUUCUGAUCCCAUCAGCCUCAUCUGUCCACCUGCGGAGCACCCAUACAUCUUCACUCGCCCGAUUGCUGCCAAGUCAGGCCAGCCUCCCCGUCAGUCCCUGGCAGCCAUGUCCCUGCUGCUGUUGCCCCACGUGGGUCUGGCACAUCUCGGUUGCAUGUAGCCUCGGCGUUACUCCUCUAAUGAAGGAGUCAGCCGCUGUUAUUCGCUGGUUUUUAAUGAGGCAGGCAGUGCAGAGGCCAAAAGUGAGUCAUCUCUCUACUUUGAGUGCUUGUUGCCCGAGUUCAGCAACAUGGAGAUAUUCCCUGCUGCUUAAAGAGCCGAGGACGCGCAAAUGAUGUGACGAGGAGCUGGACACAAAGUAUGUCGUUUGUAGCAGCUGGUGGAAAUGGGGUUUGCAGAGUUUCAGUCAUUGCUGGCUGCAAGAUGACGGCUUAUCUUUAGCUUGUAUUCACCACACCUUCAUGCUAAUGGACCGAUUAUUUCUGCAUCUCUCAAACUUGGGAUCCACGCCGCUUUACAUACAUAUGAAUAUUUGAAUGAAAAUCUAGCCUUGUGCGGCAUAAAUUCUGUUUAUUGCUUUGCACUUUUUUCCAAAGUUGCUUGCAAAGCAGAAAGUAACAACGGAUUUGUUAAUGUGUCAAAUCUGUGCUCUGUACAAUCAUGA